UGUUUUUGUUGCGUUUAUUUUACAAAAUGUUCGCUUCUCUCUUUUCCAUUUUCUCACUGGCUUUCUUCUUCUAUCAACCAGUAAGCUGUUGAGGAACUGGGGUUAACACUAGCUAGCUGUAAAGAAAAGAACAUUAUGGUUCUGGAUUUCGGAGGCGCUGCUCUUGGGGCAGCAUUUGGAGUUCUGUUUGAUGUGGUUAUAGAAAUCAAAAACAAAAACCUCAUGUUCAAACCCAUCCUCAAAAAGCUCAAAUCCACACUAGAAUCAUUGAAACCGCUGAUCACAGUGAUAGAGAAGUAUAACAAAAAAUUGGAUUUGCCAGAAGGUGAAACAACAGAUUUCAAGUUAAAAAUGGAAAAGGGUGCAGAGCUGGUUCGAAAGUGUUCCAAAGUUAAUAGGUUUAAUAUCUUCAUAAAGUUUUAUCUCGCUGGUAAGCUGACCGAAUUGGAUGACACUCUUAAGAGGUUGAUUGAGAUACUAGAGGCUCAGGGAGUGAGAGAUGUGAAGGAGAACUUGACGUUGACUCGGGAAAUUUACUUAGAUGUGAAGGAGAACUUGACGUUGACUCGGGAAAUUCACUCAAAAGUCGAUGGAGGUGGAAGCAAUAAUGGAUUGGUACAUAAUCAGAUUAAUGUACCAGCCAUUUCGUCAUGCGAUGUACUCGAUCAACUCCCUUCGCUUACUGUCGGACUGGAAAAGCCAUUGAAGGAAUUGAAGAUGAGGCUGCUUAACAAUGGAGCACCGUUGCUUGUUGUGAAUGGUAGGGGGGGAGUUGGUAAGACUCUCUUAGCACGAAGAUUCUGUCUUGAUGAUGAAGUAAAAGAAAAAUUCAAGAGCAACAUCUUCUUUGUUGUUGUUUCGAAAACCCAACCUACCGUGAGUUCUAUAGUACAGAGACUACAUAAACACACAGGGAAUGAGGUGCCUGAUCUUCCCGACGAAGCAGUUGCAGUCCGCUACUUGAAACAGUUGCUGAAUAAACUAAGUCCAAGUCCUAUAUUGUUGGUAUUGGACGAUGUUUGGCCCGGAUCCGUAUCCCUUGUUCGGAAUUUUGUUGUCCAAAUACCAGAGUACAAGAUUUUGGUGACAUCCAGAUCCCAAUUACCUGGAUUUGGCCCUCCAGAUUUUGCACCUCCAUAUCAUUUGGAACCUUUGAAUGAUGGAGAUGCGAUGACUCUUUUCCGUUUCUGGGCAUGCUUGGAAGAUUGGAGCUCUCACAUUCCUUACGAUAUUGUGAAAAAGAUAGUGGAUCACUAUAAUGUUUCACCUCUUGCCCUUAAAAUUGUGGCCGGAUCGUUAAGCGGGCAGCCUACAGAAAUUUGGCGAAGAAGACUGAAAGAAUGUUCCAAUGGUUCACCUACUCUCAGUUCUGAAACUGAGUUAGAUACCCACCUUCAAAGCUACUUAGAUGAUUUAAAGAUCAGUGAGAAGGAGUGUUUCAUGGACCUUGGCUCAUUUCCUGAAGACCAAAGGAUUUCUGUUGUUUCCCUAAUUGAUAUGUGGACGGAAUUUUACGAGCUAGAAGAAGAUGGUGACGCCGUUAUUAAUCUUAUUGAUCUCGAUCUCCGUAACCUGGCUAAUCUUGUAGUCACAAGAAAGGAUGUGAAUGCUGAUGAUGACUACUAUAGCGAACACUUUGCUACUCAGCAUGAUCUGCUUAGAGAUCUAGCUAUCCAUCAGAGCAUCCAGGACCCAGUCGGACAGAGGAAAAGACUGAUUAUGAACUUGAGAGGAGACAACCUUCCAAAGUGGUGGAAAGAACAUGAGCAGCAACCAUUUAAGGCCCAUUUAUUGUCUAUCUCAACAGAUGAAACGUUCUCAUCAAAAUGGUUCGACAUGCAACUACCCGAAGCCAAGAUUCUAGUCCUAAAUUUUCGAACUAAAGAUUACGCCUUGCCUAAGUUUGUGGAGAACAUGGGUCAACUAAAGGUUCUGAUAGUUACAAAUUAUAGUUCCUUCCAUGCUGAAGUAGGCAAUUUUCAAUUACUUGGUUCUUUGAACAAUAUGAAGAGAAUAAGAUUGGAGCGCAUCUCAAUUCCUACCCCGAGCAAGACUCCUGUAAAAUUGGAGAAUCUGCAGAAGAUAUCAUUGUUUAUGUGUAGCAUUGGUGAUGCUUUUAGCAAUUGUUCCAUCAAGCUUUCAGAGUUUUUGCCAAAUCUAAAGGAAAUGAACAUAGACUUUUGUGAUGAUUUGGUGAAGCUUCCUGUUGAGUUUUGUGAUUCCAACUGCAUGAAGAAGCUAAGCAUCACAUACUGUCCCAAGCUGUCUGAACUACCUGAUGGAAUCGGAGACAUGGUGAAUCUAGAGGUGCUAAGGCUUAGGUCCUGUAUCCGUUUGCAAGGAUUGCCAGGCUCUAUCGGGAAUCUGUCUAAUUUAACCUUCCUUGAUAUAUGUGACUGUGUCAGCAUUGAGAACUUGCCUGAUCGUGUAGGCGAAUUACACAAUUUAAGGAAGCUCAACAUGACAAACUGUUCAAAAUUGCAGGAUUUGCCAGAGUCGUUGAAGGAGCUUGAGCAGUUGAAAGUUCUGAUAUGUGAUGACAACGGAAAACAACUGUGGGAAUCAUCUCUGCCUCAUCGCAACGACGUAGAUAUAAGGUUGACCAUAAAAGAUAUCAACUUAAACUGGAUGCCAGGGUUCGGCUAGCUGUGAUGUUAAAGAAGGCUCAACAACAUCAAGCACUGCUCCAGAUUGCUUCCAGGUGCUGCCGUCAUCAAUUUAAGAACCUUGAGCACUUGAAGGUUCCAUUUUUCAAUGAAGAGCAAAGCGAGAGAUGAUGCCGAUCAAAUAAAGAACAUACAUCAACUAUCAACUUCAGGGAUUGUAUGAUAUUUGGUGUUUUAUCUUUAUAUACCAUUUUUAUUUAUUUAUUUUUCUUAUUUUAACUUUAAAGAUUGAUUUUAUUUAGUUUGGUUCCAAUGGAUUGUUUUGUUAAGAAAUUGUAUUGAAUAUGCUUUGGUGUG